CGCGAGGCAGAUCCGGAUGUGCGCGAAGGUGACCUACAUCGUUCAGCUCUGGGCAGCUUAUUUUUUCUGCUAGAAUUUAUCGAGUCAUUUUUCUUUAAACAGAUUGUAAAAUGAUGAGCCGCAAAAUGAAUAAGAAACUGGAUUGUCUUAUAAGGACCAUCAGACAGAUGCAGGCAUGCCCUUCUGCAGUGAAUCCUUGUUCUCGAACAGUGGUGAGGACGUAUGCAUUGGGGGCUAGUGGACAUAAAAGUCCUUGCUCCAGGCAACGCCUUUUGUAUGAGUCUCCUUGCUGGCUUCAUUCAUCUGCUAGGGUUUUUUCUCAAGAUACAUUCAGCAUGAUCACAGAAAAUACCAGUGCAAAUGAACAGAAAGCUGCUAAUGGCUUGUUACAUGAUCAAACACAAAACUCUGGAUCAGUGACUGUAGAACUCUCCAGACCUUCAUCCAGUUUCAUAGUCACUGCAGAGACAGAUAGGAGUACAGGUGAAGAAACAGAUGAGAAGUCUGCGUCCCAGAAGUACUUUGAUGAUCUUCGAAGGUGCACAUCCCCCUGUGAUGUACUGGACAUGGUUUCAAGACACCCAAUUUCCCCAAAGUAUGUCAGUAACAGCCUUGCCACUAUGUGGAUGCUAACCAAAAAACUGUUGGAUGACCAGAAGCGUUACGAGAGACGGGUGAUGUUUGAGCACCCUCAGUUCAGCCAGCUCUGUCAGUGUGUGAUGCAGGAGGCCAAGUACAUGUGGCGGGAUGACUUGGCAUACAGCCUGCAUGCUGUGGUGAAACUUGGAGUCCCGCAGAACACCCGGUUGGUACAGACAAUGUUGAGGGUAUGCCAGGAACGUCUGAAUGAAUUUGAUGACCGAAGUCUUUCCAUUGUUGCUACCACUUUGCAAGGAAUGGAAAAAUGCAAGAAUGUGGAAGCUCUCCAAGCUGGAUUGCAAUUAUUGGUGGAGCAGCGAAUCCCAAAGAUCUCCAGUGUGUUUAUGUUGCAAACGAUGAUGAAAUGUAUAGGAGAGGAUUCACCUCUCUCCCUCAAGGCAAAACUGGAGAACAAGAUUUUGAGUCAGAUCAAUCAGUUGACUCCCCCAAAUGCCCAGCACAUGUUCAGUGUGCUGGCUAAAAUGAAUUACCGCUCCCUUCCCAUUCUGAGUGCUUGCAGUGACAAAAUAAUAGAGAAUAUCGAGGGAACUCCAUUCUGGCGGCUGCUGACAGUGCUGAGAUCUUGCAAAGACCUUCUGUACCGCAAUACUGUGCUGUUUUCUGGAAUAGCUGAUUAUGUAGCAUCAACCUUCUAUAUGUGGGACACCAAACAGGUAGUCCUCUUCCUUUCUGCCUUUGAGAAUCUUAGCUUUCGCCCAGUCACUCUGAUGGAUACUUUCGCAGAGAAAGUCAUAUCUCAUCCUAAUUCUUUGAACAUGAAGGAUAUUAUGGCUGUUCUUCGAGCCUAUUCUCUUCUCCACCACCUCCCUGAAGGCCAAGAUCAGCAGUUCCUUGAGACUCUGAAUAGCGCCUUGAAUCGUUACCUGCCCAGGAUUGCUAACAUGGAUUUACUGAAGGCUGUAUACUCAUUCUGCAUUUUAGGAUAUCUUCCCCAACCAGCCCUUCAUCAGCUGUUACAAGAUGAAGUCCUUAAUGAUCUGAUGACUGGAGCUGGGAAGAAUACGGAGCAAAAUGAAAUGUUGUUGCAUGCUGUGAACGUUUGUCUAGCCCUUGAGGGUCAUUCUGUCAUCAAGCCAGCAACAGUCUUACCAGUGGAGAAAGAGCCCUUGCCUCCUUCUUCUCACUUUCCUGAGGUCCAGGAGGUCCUGCUUACACUUUUGGAAGAUGCGAGUUUGUUUCGACCGAAUGUACAAUUAACUCACGGUUACAGCAUAGAUUUUGAAAUCCAAAUUAAUGCCAACAGAAAAAAGAUGGUGCCGAGCAAUGAAGCUGAUCAGUCAACAGAUGAUUCCAGCCUUCACAGGGUGGCUGUGCUGUGUGCACCGGUGUCUGCUUUCUGCCUCGGUUCGCGGCACCCCCGCGGCAGAUUGGCCAUGAAGAUGAGACAUCUGAGGCUGCUGGGCUAUCACGUAGUUCUGAUUCAUUACCCGGAAUUUCAAAAACUGAAGAAAGAUGCGGCGAUUGAGCUGUUGAAGGGUGAAAUAUUUUCAUCAGAAGAACAUCUUGGUUCUGAUUAGAGCAUCUAGCACUGAUAUUGAAGUGACUGGAUGACCCUGUAAUAUUUUGUGAAAGGAGAAUGCAGUAAAUUAUAAUGAUACAAAAUGAAUAAUGAUCCACAUGAAUUACCUCCAUCUCCAGUGAAAGAAUCUGGUGUGGUGAUAACUUUCCGUUAUUUAUGAGAAUGUAAGCAUAUUAGAAUAAACAAACAUCUAUUGAUGGUGACUUCUGAGAGUGAUCUCAAAAGAAGACAGCACCAGUCCUUCGGCUCUAACAAAGGAGGGGUGAGAUUCAUGCCUGUCUCCAAGUUACGUGUCUGACUUGGGCCCAUUCCACACCAUUAGUUAACACGGAUUCAGAUUUCAUUCUGCUUCUUUUGGUCUCCAGAAAAGAAGGCAUGAGAUGCAGAAUCGAACUUUCCCUGGCUUUUCCCCAACUUUUCCCUGAAUAUAUAUGGUGCCUUUUUUAAAGCCACUGUUGAGUCACCAUUUGAUGAUGAUAACAACAACAACAACAUUCGAUUUAUAGACUGCUCUGCAGGACAACUUAACACUCAGAGCGGUUUACAAAGCGUGUCAUUAUUAUCCCCACAAUAAUCACCCUGUGAGGUGGAUGAGGCUGAGAGAGUUCUGAGAGAGCUAUGACUGACCCAAGGCUUCAAGCAAAGGAGUGGGGAAUCAAACCCGGUUCUCCAGA